GGAGGGAGGACAUAGGAGAAAAGUGUGUGUGUGUGUGCAGUUUGCGUCUUUUCUUCAGCUGCUACAUGUUUGCCCAGAGUGAAAGAGAGAGAGACACGAAGAGAAAGAGAAAGAGAAUGCAUUUUCUCCUGUAGAGCAAAAACAAGAAAAACACCUGGAGUACAAAGUGAGAGGCAGGUAGAUAGAGACGAAGCUGAAGCUGUGUGUUGGAGGUGUGUGUGUGUAUUUGUUUCUGUUUGUGUGUGAGACCAGCAAGCCUGUGUGUGAAGGGAAACUAGUGGAUCGUACAGCUCUGUAAUGCUUUGUGGAAGUACAGGACUGCUAACUGACCUGAUUACACCCUGAGGUGAAGAAAUCACACAGUGAAUCUCAUGUUCCAGACCCUUCGGACGCCAGUGAAAACAGAGCCUAUGAACAACAGCGAUACAGUCACUACGACAGGCGACACAGUAUUGGACACAUACGCAGGCUCAGUAAUCACCAGCAGUGGGUACAGCCCUCGUUCAGCCCACCAGUACUCCCCUCCCCUCUACCCAUCAAAGCCCUACCCUCACAUUCUCUCCACACCGGCAGCCCCUCCUAUGCCGACGUACGCCGGUCAGCCCCAGUUCAGCAGUAUGCAGCAGUCCACCGUCUACACGGCUUACUCCCAGACAGGACAGCCGUACGGACUGUCAACCUAUGACCUUGGUGUGAUGCUGCCGGGCAUUAAGACAGAGAGCGGCCUGGCUCAGAGUCAGUCUCCUCUGCAGACAGGCCUCAGCUACAGCCCCAGCUUCACCACGCCUCAGCCCGGACAAACUGCAUACUCACCCUAUCAGAUGCCAGGUUCCAGUUUCACUCCUUCCUCAGGCCUCUAUGCCACCAAUAACUCAGUGUCCAACCCCGCCAACUACACUGCCACACAGCAGGAAUAUCCCUCAUAUACAACGUUUGGCCAAAACCAGUAUGCCCAGUAUUAUUCCGCCUCCACUUACGGGACUUAUAUGACCUCCAACAGCGUGGAUGGCACAGGCUCCACGGCGGCCUACCAGCUGCAAGAUCCCACCCCUGCCAUGACCGGACAGGCUGCUGAACUUCACCCAGGGGACUUCGAUACAGUGCAGAGCCCCUCCACACCCAUCAAAGAGCUGGAUGACCGAGCAUGCCGGAGUGGGGGGUCCAAGUCCCGGGGCAGAGGUCGCAAGAACAACCCCUCCCCUCCCCCUGAUAGUGACCUGGAGAGGGUAUUUGUGUGGGAUCUGGACGAGACAAUCAUUGUCUUCCAUUCUCUGCUCACGGGCUCCUACGCACAGAAAUAUGGCAAGGACCCUCCUAUGGCGGUAACGCUGGGUCUGAGGAUGGAGGAGAUGAUCUUCAACUUGGCGGACACACACUUAUUCUUUAAUGACCUGGAGGAGUGUGAUCAGGUACAUAUUGAUGAUGUGUCAUCAGACGACAAUGGCCAGGACUUAAGUACUUACAGUUUUGCAACUGAUGGCUUCCAUGCAGCUGCAACCAGCGCCAACCUGUGCCUGGCUACGGGUGUCCGCGGCGGGGUCGACUGGAUGAGGAAACUGGCCUUCCGCUACCGACGAGUCAAAGAGUUGUAUAGCACAUACAAAAACAAUGUGGGGGGUCUGCUGGGUCCUGCUAAAAGAGACGCCUGGCUGCAGCUGAGAGCAGAGGUGGAGGCUCUGACUGACUCCUGGCUCACCCACGCACUCAAGUCCCUGUCCAUCAUCAGCUCCAGGAGUAACUGUGUAAAUGUGAUGGUGACCACAACGCAGCUCAUACCAGCGCUGGCUAAAGUUCUCUUAUAUAGUCUGGGGUCUGUUUUCCCUAUCGAGAACAUUUACAGUGCAACCAAAAUAGGAAAAGAGAGUUGCUUUGAACGCAUAAUGCAAAGGUUUGGCAGGAAAGUAGUGUAUGUUGUAAUUGGGGAUGGUGUGGAAGAGGAGCAGGCGGCCAAAAAGCACAACAUGCCUUUCUGGAGGAUAUCCAGUCACUCUGACCUGCUGGCACUACACCAAGCACUGGAGUUUGAGUACCUGUAACUAUUAUAGCAAUAUGGACUCAUGCAAUGUUACCAUGGACAUGGUCAGCCAGGCAGCCCCCCUUCUUUUGUAUAACUAUUUAAGAACAAACAAUACACUGCAACUGUUUUUGUGAUUUUAUUUUUGUCUUGUUUUUUGAACGUCUGGAUUUACAAACUCUGAACGGUCUUAAGAAGCAAAAGGAGAGGUGAAAAGGAGGUAAA